CCAGAACAGCGUCGGUUUCGUCCCCGUAAGGCCAUCGUCCUUGAGUCCUUAGCCUCGCUGAUAAUCCCUGUGCAGAAACUCCGAAAGAAGAAUAAGAAGAAGAAGAAGAAGAAGAGAGAUGGGAGUGGAAGGAACGAUCGACUACUUAUCCAACUUGCUGAGCAAGAGGAAGAAGAAGAAGCAAAUCCAGACCGUGGCCCUCAAAGUCAGGAUGGACUGCGAGGGUUGCGCUCGCAAGAUGAAGAGCGUCCUCUCCUCCGUCAAAGGUGCUAAAUCGGUGGAAGUGGACUUGAAGCAGCAGAAGGUGACGGUGACCGGGUACGUGGACCAGAAGAGGGUUUUGGAAGCGGCCAAGUCCACCAGGAAGAAGGUGGAGCCGUGGCCCUACGUCCCCUACGCCCUGGUGGCUCACCCUUACGUCUCCCAGGCCUACGACAAGAAGGCCCCCGCCAACCACGUCCGCGCCGUCCCCGUCACCGCCACCAUCAGCGAGUCCACCGUCAACGACAACUACACCAUCAUGUUCAGCGACGACAACCCAAACGCCUGCUCCAUCAUGUAAAAAGUGUGCAUGUAUUUUACUAUCCAUAACGUGGCCUAGAUCGUCGUAAUUAUCUCGAAAGCGUUUUCGGAUAUAAAGUAUGUUGUAAAGUGAAAGUAAUGAAUUUACAUAUGAUGAU